AUGUUUUCGGUUUGCUUGCUUAGCAGGUACAUGGAUUCACCAACGAGACAACAUCUAUUAGCAGCAAAAAGGGUACUGAGGUACCUCAAGGGAAAAAUAAAGCAUGGAAUCUGGUACAAAAGAAAUCACGGAGAGGAAGUGAAGCUGCUUGGAUACACUAAUAGCGACUAUGCUGGUGACUCUAAUGACAGGAAAAACACAUCUGGUUGUGCGUUCUUCCUUGCUGGAGCAGCCAUCUCGUGGGCCUCGAAGAAGCAACCAGUAGUCACUCUCUCUACUACUGAGGCUGAAUUCGUUGCAGCAGCCUACAGUGCAUCACAAUGCAUCUGGCUUUAG